AUGCGGAGGAGGGCGCUGGGCAGGGACCACUUGGACCAAAGAGGACUAAACGCUAUUUGGUUUCAGCACAGAAACAACGCAUUGAAGGAAGGCAGCAGCGGAGGACCAGGGCGCCGCGCUGAAGCCGAGCCCAUUGUCUCCUUCCAACACAGCACUAAGGGAGAGAAGAAGAAGACGCAGAAGAGGGGUUUGAUCCAAACAGCCGUGCAGCCCAGAGAGGAGUGUCCCAGUGGUAGGCAUUGCGGGUUUGUAAGCCACAGAGAAACAAAAAAGGGGCCCUGGAUAGAUCUGGCCAAUAACGGAAAAUGA